AUAAAUGAAAACCAAAAAACAUCAUUUCUUUUUUGCAGAAACGUUUUGUUUCGAUGUUUAUAAUUUAGAACAGUUCAAUUCUCUGAUAUCUCAGCAUAUCAACAGCAGAGUUUUCAAAGUUUUCACAAUAAACUGUGAACGUUGUUUAAGAGCUGGGGAACAUGGGAGCCAAAUCCGAUCCUUCGCUGUUUUGUAAACACGACUGUUUGUCCUCAGUGACGAAAGUUCAUCCAGACAAGUUUGAUUGUUUUGCAAACAAAUCCCAAGUGGAAAAUAUCAAUUUAGUUUACCUCUAUCACUAAAACACUUUAGAGGAUUUUACAUAUAUAUAUUUUUUUAUUUUUUUAUAAAAUAUUAGAGAAAGAUAAUACAUUUUGGAAAAAAAAUUAAGUGGAAAGUCUUGCCUCCAUAAGCACACCUCUAUGUUUGGCUGAGCCGGCUUUCAUUGUUGGUUUCUGUUUUUAACCGUCUCCCCCCUUGAUGAAGUCAUACGGAAACUCAGCAUUACUGGUGUUAAACAGUAAACACAGGGUUAGGGUCAUCGGUUUGAUUUCACAGUAAGAGCACGGUAGUGUGGUGGAGAAGAAAGUUCAUUGCUAGAGGAAGUGCUAAUACUAGAGGAACUUUGGUAAAGGUUGCAAACUUGACACACAAAGCAGUGGGGACAGUGAGAGAGGAUCCAGCGACAGGACAGAUCCGCUGGGUGUCAGAAAUGAAGGACAUGACUGGAAUCAGGAGGAUUUUGAUAGUGACUCUCAUCUUCUGGCAACUCAAGUGUUUGGUAUCUCUAGAUCCAGCAUGGACACAACUGAGGUUCUUGGGGAAAAUUCACAAUAAUGCAAACAGUCCAAAUGAAAGCAAACAUGAGGAUGAUGCCGCCACCGUUCUGCAGCUGCCAGAGCAUCCACUGGCUGAUGGUCUGAGGAGAGUGAAGAGGGGCUGGGUUAUUCCACAAAUCAAUUUUCCAGAAAAUGACCAGAAACCAUUUCCCAAAUUUCUGGUGAUGCUCAAGUCAAGUAAAGCUGAAACAGAAGCCAUAACCUACAGGAUCAGUGGCCCAGGUGCGGAUCAGCCCCCUGAAGGUAUUUUUACUCUCGAUGGCCGUUCUGGUGCGAUGUAUGUGACCAAGGCACUGGACAGGGAGGAACAAGCCAGUUACACUCUGUGGGCUUAUGCCCUGAAAGAGUCAAAGAACGCAGAGCAGCCCAUUGAGAUCAUCAUCAACAUCAUUGACCAGAAUGACAACAAACCAGAAUUCACUCAGAAAGUUUUCACAGGCACAGUGAGCGAAAGUGCCGAAGUUGGUAAAUCCAUCUUGAGCGUAACAGCUUCAGAUAAGGACGAUCCAAAUACGGACAACGGUAUAGUUAGGUAUCGAAUGCCCACAGACGGGAUGUUUGCCAUAAACGCAGUGAGUGGACUGAUCAGUCUGAAGGAACAGGGAUUGGAUAGAGAGACUCACCCAGAAUACAAAGUGAUCAUUACUGCUGCUGAUAUGGAAGGGGAAGGGUAUACCACAACCUGCACUGCUAUCAUUACCGUUACUGACAGCAACGACAAUGCUCCAGAUUUCACUGACACAUCUAUGUCCACAACAGUCCAUGAGAACGAGAUAGGAGUCGAGGUAGCAAGACUCAAAGUCACUGACAUGGACGAGCCAGGAUCUCCAAAUUCAAACACCAAAUACUCCAUCAUCAAAGGCAACAAAGGUGGAGCCUUUAAUGUCACUGUUGGUUCAAAUAAGAUGGAGGGAAUAAUCACAACAGCCAAGGAGCUGGAUUUUGAGAGCUUGUCUGAGUACAAACUCUUGGUGGUGGUGACAAACGAGGCGCCGUUUUCCAUCCCCGUGUCCACCUCUACGGCCACAGUCACAAUAAAAGUCAUUGACAGAAACGAGCCUCCUGUUUUCAGCCCAGCCGAGGUUCAUGUAACCCUCUCAGAGGACGUGAGAGUCGGCACGCCUGUGGUUCACCUCAAAGCAAGGGACCCGGACAGAGCCAGAGCACAGCGCGUAAAAUACAAACUCUACAAUGACAGCGCCCAGUGGCUGAGCACCAACCACAGCACCAGAUCAGUUAAAGUUGUGAGCAGCAUGGACCGAGAGUCGCAAUACGUCAGGGAUAACAAAUAUACCGUCUUAGUUUUGGCUUAUGAUGACGAUCUAAUUCCAGCUACAGGAACCGGUACUCUGGUUGUGAGUUUGUUGGAUGUGAAUGACCAUCUUCCGGUGGUCAGGCAGACAACUGCCACUCUGUGCAACUCUGACCCUUUUCCUGCACUCCUGGACAUAGUGGAUCUGGAUGGACCGGGUCAUGCUGGGCCAUUUACCGUGGAGCUUAUAGGAGGACACAAGAAGAACUGGAUUCUCAAAACCAAUUCUACUAGCAAUGUGGCAGCUCUUUACCCCAAACAAAACCUAUCUCCUGGGAACUAUAAUGUUACCAUGAGGAUUUAUGAUGUUGGGGGUCUCUACAAAGACAGUACGCUGACCGUAGAGGUGUGCCACUGUAAAGGGGGAGUAGAUGUCUGCUUGCUGAGGAGUGAAAGCAUCCCUUCUUUUGCAACCCCCCUACUGGGAUCUAUUUUUGGCCUUCUGUUGCUACUCCUGCUGCUCCUGUUGCUGCUGGUCAGCAGAAGGAGGAGGGCAGGAAAGGAGGCCCCUCUCCUGGAAGAUCUGACCCGUGAUGACGUCAUCUGCUACAGCGAGGAGGGAGGAGGUGAAGACGACAGGGACUAUGAUUUGUCCCAGUUGCACAGAGGGCUGGACAACCGACCUGAAGUCUUCAGCACAGACGUGUUUCCCACUGUCCAGGCUCAACCAGGGUACCGUCUGCAAAUCCAAGCCAACGAGGAAGUUUGCAACUUUAUUGAACAUAACCUGCAAGUGGCAAACAGAGACCCUGCAGCUCCUCCCUAUGACUCUCUUCUCGUGUUCGACUAUGAGGGUGGAGGCUCCGAGGCGGAUUCUCUCAGCUCCAUUCAGUCUUCAGAUUCGGACGAGGAUCAGGAUUUUCAGAGUUUGAAUGAGUGGGGGCCACGCUUCGGCAGACUGGCAGACCUGUACGCUAAGGGAAGAGAGGAGGAAGACGAUGACAACCAAACACUGCCAGGAAAAUCAGAGUGGGUCUGAUAUGCCCAAAUAUAUGUGGAGGUCAUCUAAACUUACAGCUGUCUGCCCUGGGAAUGAUCGGUGGCCUUUUUCUGCCACCAUGUGUGUUUUAUUUCUUACAGAGGCUGUACUCUUUUUUUUUCUGUUAGCUUUGUGUGUGCUAUUCCUGAAUUAUUUGACAAUAAUAUUUAAACAGAAAUUAUAUUUGAUUGUUUUUGAUGCACUUCUGAUUUACAGUUGUUUUUUUUAUACCUGUUUACUGCUUUUAAGUUAUAAUGUGAUUUAAAGUUUUCUGGGAAAAUAUUUAUACCCUGAAGUUUUUUAAAUUUUACCACAGGGCAGCUUCAAAUUUCCAUGUAUUUAAUGAGGAUUUAUGUUAUAGUUUAGAGCAGGGCUUUGCAUCCUCUUUAGACAUUCUACUGCGGCUCCAAUGUUGACUGAAAAUGUGAAAGAAAUAACAUUAUUUAACUUGUACAGGUGAUUAAAGAAUGGCAGCUUGAGCUUCUGCAGGAUAUUCAUUUGAUUUCUCCUACAAGAUCUUGACCUUUAUUGGGUUCAUAGAAUUAUGUGAACCAAAGUUUUUGCUACAUUUUUGAAUCUUUGUACUUUAAAUUUGGAUGCAUAAAUAAAAUACGCCAUAAUUGAAACCAAGACUCCGAUGC